AGGGUUCUAUGAAGUGGCCAUUCUGGAAAAUCAUUGAACAGUCUCAUUAUCAAAGUGAGGCGAGUAACGAAAACUGUUCUUGUUCGAUUUGUUAUGGCGGUAAUUUAGUUGAAAAGACCUUUGGGAAGUUGCAAUCUUGGAUUUUAGAUUGCUUGAUAAACCGUUGCUGGUAUAUUUCGUAUCGUUUAGCUGAAUUUUAACAUCAUAUUUUUUGCUGUUGCGGACUGUAUGGCUUCGUCAAGUUACUGGGGAGUUUAGCUAUUAACGGACUGGGGAACUCUCAACAGACAAAACUAUCUUCUCGCAAAACUAUCUAGAGGCCAGUCCAGUUAGGACGACCAGGAAGCUCGGUUUAUUGCAAAAGUUUUCUAGAAGCAUGGAUACGAGAGGCUAUUACAGAAAUGACUUUCAUCGCCCUUCACCUUAUGAUAGCCCAGAAACUAUAUCUCCUUUUCGAACAACUUUUGUCAGUCAAAGAUCAACUGAGUCACCAUCUGCUACUGGUUAUAACAGCUCAAGGACCUCAUACCAGGACUACCCAACAUCAAGAAGAUUAGCAGAUGAUGAUUAUGGUGGUUUGAAUGCCAGAUCUGCAGAUAUUGAAUCAGCUCAGGAGUCUAAUAGCAGAGCUGUACUCAAUGCACUAAAAAGCCUUCAAGAAAAGAUUGGCAGGCUUGAGCUUGACAGAGUAAAAGCAGAAGAGAAUUUGAAAACACUAGCUGUUGAAGCAAACGAUUACAGAGCAAUAUUGCAAAAGGAGCAUGAACUCUCUGAAUCUGCUCAGAGUGCAAUUGAAGUGCAAAAAAGAGAUCUCGAAGACAAACUUCACUCGGCAGAAGAUAGGUGUCAGCUGCUUGAAAAACAACUAAAAUACAUGAAGACAAUUCGGCAUCCUCCAGAACCGGUUGCAGCUCCCAGAUACAAUCCCUAUGAUCAGCAUUCCUUAAGAUUUGGUCCCCAGUUCAACCAACCUGAGUUGCAGGUUUUUUCUUCACCUCCAAGUGAUAAACUUGCCGAGUUGGAAAGAGGGCAAAUUAAGCUAACUGCCUCACAAACACUAGCCGAGAGUAAAAUUAGAGAAUUGGAAGAAAAGCUACAGGAAGAACGGCAUCAGAGGAAACUUUUGCAAGACAGAGCUGCCGAGCUUCAAACUUUGGCAGCAACGAAUAGAAUUCUUUUGAACAUGACAUCACCAGAAAGUAAAAAGACGAAGAAAAAGACACGGAAAAAGAAAGCCACAAAAGAGCUACCUGUUAAGAGGAAAGUCCAGAAAGAGGCAACCCCUAAUGCGCAUUAUCGCCUCGAUUUGGGAAACAUCCCGUUUGUGGUUGGCAAGUCAACAACAAAAUCUCAUGCACUUGGCGCCAAUAUUCAAAAAGUUUUCUCCCUGAUGAAAUCCCACAAUCCUCAGCUUUGUAACGCAGCUUCAGAAGCACAGAGGAAGUACCCCAAGAACACUUAUUCCUCCGCAACCUCAUCUAGUGAAUCUGAUGGCAUCGCAGAACUUGUUGUUCAGUUGCAGGAUGAAUUUGGACACAUGGGAUUUGAGCACAGUGAACUUGUUAAGCAAAUCCAAGAAACUUUUGAUGUGAAGCUCAAAGAAGACUUAGAAAGAGAACUUGAUAGACUCGUUGCACGAAUGGAAACGAAGGGCGAACAAAUUGCCAUUUUAAGGGAACAUGAACGAAAGCACUUUGCAGCAAAGCGACAUAAAGGUAACCCGCCAAGCCGCCGGAGCCUCAAGCUAAAGGGCUCAGAGGUGGAGGUCGUGACGACAAUUAAAACGAAAGACGAAACACCCAAAGUUUUGAAACGAAAUUGUAGGACACCCAAAAAUGGGCCUAGCCCGACAAACAAAAACUUAGAGGUUUUAAAGAAAGUUCAAAAAUUGCAGGGAACUUUGAGACAAGACGAUUUAAGCUGGGACUGAAAUAUGAAGCAAUUUAUUUUUAUGUUAUUGUAUGAUACUGCCUGUUUAAAAACUUCAUUGAUUGGAGUAAACUAUGACUGAUGGAUUUGUUUUACUUUGUAAAAUAUCUGGUGCUGAAUGUCUCUGUUUGUUUAUAUUUAAGGGAUAUGCCGCUGUAUUAACGCAACUUUGCAUAUUUCGAGUCAAGGGAUAACUUGCAUAACAUAUACUGAGAAGGUUCAGUAAGCAUCUUGGUUUUGCAACAACUAAGAAUUUUAUAAUUUGAGAUCAGUAAUUUUAUGUUGUCUCCUGUGACACUCAUCUAUUUGUCAGGGAUGUUCCACUCAUCUUGCACUAAUGCCUAUUUCAGAUUUGUAUAUUUGUGAUGUUGGGGGUCAGAGCGUAAAACUAGCUUGCUAAUUAUACUCAUUCUUUUGCGUGCAUACAUAUGUUUGGUUCAAUAGUAAUAAUGAAAUUAAUUAAAAAAUUCUAUUAGCAAGGAGUGAUUGGUCUGUUUAUGAAAUCUGUUUCUUAUGCUAUUGGGCAAUGUUAGGUGUGGCCAGGCCCGCCAAGAUAGGGGCCGGGGGCAAAUUUAUAAUAAAGUCCUAACAACAGCCAGUUUUACUGGCUCUUUAAUUCUUCACCCCCCCCCCCACCCAUAAAGACUCUCGGUGAGCCUUGAUAUAGCCUAUUUGUAACAAACCCGUGCCAUCGAUAAAGUAUUUCCCCGUGACAUGCUAUGUGUUACAAAUGACAAACGAUGGAAGAAAUUAUUUUCCUACGUUUUGGUUAUAAUAGAAAUCAUAGAAUGAAAUGAACUAACGAUAUUGAAUUCCAUCCAGAGAAAAAGAUCUGACAACUCUUUUCGAAACCCCUAUUACGUUAUUGUUCAUAUAACUUACACAUAAGAUAACUGAAUGUUACAAUGCAUGGGAAUCUGUUGCAAUUUCUAUGUUAUUGAGAUUUUUAUUUAAACUUAUCGAAUGGUUUGGCAAAA